AUGAAAAUAUUUACUUUAUUAGUUAUUAUCUUAGCCUUAAUUUCAAAUUGUAUGGGUGAUACAGCCUUUGCCAUUUGGAACAAAGAUAGCCAAACUACUGCUGCUGGUCUCUAUGACUUUGCUAGUAUCUACAAUACUACCGAAAAAUACACUCUAUCUGGUUACCAAGACAUCAAUACUACUAACCAGUACUCAACUUAUAAUGCCGUUACUAGGGUCAUUUCAUUCUUUGCCACUUCAUUAAUUUAA